AUGGACGUGGAAGCCGGCGAGUUUCAAGAGUGGGAGGUUCUCCACGAGUCGGACGAUGACUUGGGCUGGAUUAACUCGCCCAAUUACGUCGAAAACAUGAGGAAUUUGGAGGAAAUCGAAGCUGACUCUGGAGGUAUGAUUCAAACCAAUUAUUUUUCCAUUGAUUCUCAAAACAAGUAUGCAAAGACUAGUAUGGAUGGUGAUGUCAGUGAAGGUUCCAUGGAGUCUGACAAUCCCAGUUGGAUCGAUCCGGUGUCAGAAAAUCGGUAUUUAAGGAAGGAUUCGGGGGAGUUUUUGUCUGAUUCGAGCAGUGAUCGAUCGGAUGAUCGGAAAUUUAACGAAUUUGAGGGUAAAAAUGAGUUGAGUUUGGUUGAAAGUGAGAAAAUCAAUGGGGGUUUGAAGGGAACUGGAGAAAUUAGAAUGGGAAGUGAGAAUUCAACAAAAUUCUCACCCAAUUCCCAUGGAAUUGGAUCGAUUGCCAGGGAAGUAGAGACCUUUGAGAAGAAUAGUGAACUGGGCAUCGGUAAAAAUGCAAAUUCCCAGGAGGGGUCGGAGCUUUGGGGUGAAAAGGAGGAGGAAAAGAGCUCCACUGAAGCAGGUGAAAUUGAAAAUGUGGGAAUUGAAGCAAAGAAAUCUGGUGGUGAAGAAGAGAAUAGGAGUUUGGUUUGGUGGAAGUUGCCUAUGGAGUUUUUGAAAUAUUGUGUGUUUAGGGUUAGCCCAGUGUGGAGUUUAUCUGUGGCCGUGACAGUGAUGGGUUUUGUUAUAUUGGGACGCCGGUUGUACAAGAUGAAGCGGAAGAGUCAGGUCUUGGAACUGAAGGUUACUGUGGAUGAUAAGGUAUUGCAGUAG